CGAAGACAGGAUGAAGAGCCUUUAACACCCAAUAUCAAUGUUGUAUUGAGAAACUUACCUGAUAAAGCAAGAGAAGUCGAUAUUCAAAAUCAAUUAACCACUAUGAGUGCAAGUGUUGAAGAUGUGUCACUGAUCAAGGAUCGCGAAACGGGUGAAUCAAAAAAGUUUGCUUUUGUUCGGUUCACAAGUGUUGGUCAUGCUAUUCAGUUUGUGGAAAAGUAUAAACGGUUCGAGAUGGACUCUUAUUUUGUCCGUGUUGACUAUUGUAAAAAAGGUCAUCAAAGAGAUACCGCAGAAGAAUGGCGUUGUAACAUAUGUGGCAAGUUUAAUCCUGGUAGUCGUCGUCUUUGUUUUGAGUGUAAAAGAUCUUAUCAAAGUAAAGCUCGUUUUUUUCUUUUUGCAGUUUUAAUGUUAUGUAGAUUGCAUUUGUUCGUCCGCUGCUUACACUCAACACAUGUGUUUAGGUGA